AUGGUUCGCAAGGGGGUGUCCCUGGAGGAAAAACGCGAGCGUCUCUUGCGCAUAUACCACGAAUCCAAGGAAGUAUUCAACCUCAAAGAGAUAGAAAAGCUUGGAUCCAAAGCUGGUGUUGUGCUACAAACGGUCAAGGACGUGAACCAGGCGCUUGUGGAUGACACUUUAGUCGACUGUGAUAAGAUUGGGUCGGGAAACUACUUUUGGUCUUUUCCAUCCAAGUUAUCACAGUCGAGGAAGCGUAAGUUGAACGAGCUGGAACAACGUCGACAGAGUUUGAAUGAGAAACUUCUUCGAGUCAAGAAAAGUAUCGAGGAACAGAAAGCGUUACGUCCGGAAUCGGAGGAACGUGUGCUAAAGUUACGUCGUCUGGAAGAACAGAAAGCAAAAGUGCAAGCUCUGCGUACUAAAGUGCAGCAUUUGGCGGAAAAUGACCCGGCAAUGUUGGAAGAGCUCGAACGUAAAUCGUGUGUGGCAAAGGAAGGCUCCGACAGAUGGACAGAUAAUGUGUACACGCUUAAGUCAUGGGUCGUCAAUAAGCGUGGAGUCGAAGGCCGAGAGGUGGACAAAUGGCUUGGUAUCAAAGACGAUUUCGACUACGUCGAGUAA